ACAAUAAAGAGCUGACGAGGUUGAACUUGCUGGACGUUUCCAAGUGAAUUGCUCCCUGGGGCAGUUGCUCACAGCUGACCGGACAACGGGCUGCUGGGCUGAUGAACGGCAAUUCACUGAGAUGACAUAGGAAGGGGUCAAGGACAAUGGUGCAGAAAAAGAAAAGCUGCCCUCGGUUACUCGACUACCUUGUUAUCAUUGGAGCCAGGCAGCCAAGUAGUGACAGUGUUGCUCAGACUCCUGAGCUGCUACGACGUUAUCCUCUAGAAGACCACGUGGACUUUCCUCUACCACCUGACGUUGUGUUCUUCUGCCAACCAGAAGGAUGCCUGAGCGUGCGGCAGAAACGCAUGAGCUUCCGUGAUGACACUUCUUUUGUCUUCACACUCACAGACAAGGAUACGGGUGUCAUUCGCUAUGGAAUCUGUGUCAACUUCUACCGUUCCUUCCAGAAGCGAGUACCCAAGGAGAAGGGAGAAGGCACAGGAGGACAUCGAGCUCCUCGGGAGGGACAGAAAAUCGCUAAGUCUGGGGAUGCGUCUGCACCCCAAGAGGAUGUGGGCACUGAGAGUUCAGAGAGUGGCUCUUCACUGCAGGCCCCAAGUACAGAGCCUACCCCAGAUGUGAGCCGGUCGCCCCACAGUAAGCGCCUGGCCAAAGGCAGCCAUCGUUCUCGAAACAGCACCCUGACUUCCCUGUGCAUCCUUAGUCACUAUCCUUUUUUCUCCACCUUCCGCGAGUGCCUGUACACUCUCAAGAGACUUGUGGACUGCUGUAGUGAGAGACUGUUGGGCAAGAAGCUGGGGAUUCCUCGUGGGGUUCAGAGGGAUACAACGUGGCGGAUUUUCACAGGCUCACUCCUGGUGGAGGAGAAGUCCAGUGCACUGCUACAUGACUUGCGGGAGAUUGAGGCCUGGAUAUACCGGCUGCUGCGUUCACCAAUGCCUGUUGCUGGUCAGAAGCGGGUGGACGUGGAAGUUUUGCCACAUGAGUUGCAGCCAGCUUUGACCUUUGCUCUUCCUGAUCCAUCCCGCUUCACCUUGGUGGAUUUUCCAUUACAUCUACCUUUGGAGUUGCUGGGAGUGGAUGCCUGUCUUCAGGUGCUGACUUGCAUCCUUCUGGAGCACAAGGUUGUACUGCAGUCCCGGGAUUAUAAUGCACUCUCAAUGUCUGUGAUGGCAUUUGUGGCUAUGAUCUACCCAUUAGAAUAUAUGUUUCCGGUGAUCCCUCUGCUCCCCACCUGCAUGGCCUCUGCAGAACAGUUGCUUCUAGCCCCUACACCUUACAUAAUUGGUGUUCCAGCAAGUUUCUUCCUUUACAAACUAGAUUUCAAAAUGCCUGAUGAUGUAUGGCUUAUCGAUCUGGAUACCAAUAAGGUGAUUGUUCCCACAAAUGCAGAAUCUUUGCCAGCACUGCCAGAACCAGAAGCUUCAGAGCUGAAAAAGCAUCUGAAACAGUGUCUGGUUAGCAUGACUGCAAUCACUCAGCAACAGCUGCUCACUCCUGACAUCAAGGCACUGGCCAGCAUGAGUCUGAAUACUCAGCCCAUUCUUAAUCUAGAGAAAUUCCACGAAGGACAGGAGGUGCCGCUGCUGCUGGGAAGACCACAGAAUGAUUUGCAGUCUACUCCCUCCACAGAAUUCAACCCCCUGAUCUAUGGAAAUGAUGUGGACUCUGUGGAUGUGGCUACCAGGGUUGCUAUGGUGAGAUUCUUCAACUCACCAAAUGUUUUGCAAGGAUUCCAGAUGCAUACUCGCACUCUUCGUCUUUUUCCACGACCAGUAGUGGCCUUCCAGGCAAAUUCCUUUCUUGCCUCUAGGCCAAAGCAAACACCUUUUGCUGAUAAACUUUCCAGGACACAAGCAGUAGAAUAUUUUGGAGAAUGGUCACUCAACCCUACUAACUAUGCUUUUCAGAGAAUUCAUAACAAUAUGUUUGACCCAGCACUGAUUGGUGACAAACCAAAGUGGUAUGCUCACCAACUGCAGCCCAUCCACUAUCGUGUCUAUGACAGUAAUUCACAACUAGCUGAAGCACUGAAUGUCCCAGUAGAAAAAGAAACAGACUCUGAUCCCACCGAUGACAGUGGCAGUGACAGUGUCGACUAUGAUGACUCAAGUUCCUCUUACUCUUCGCUUGGUGACUUUGUCAGUGAGAUGAUGAAAUGUGACAUUAAUGGCGAUACUCCAAAUGUUGACCCCUUGACUCACGCAGCCCUUGGUGAUGCCAGUGAAGUGGAGUUUGAUGAUUUUCAAGAAUAUUCAGGAGAUCUGGAUGAACAGGCCAUGGACAGUGAGAACUCCCAAGAGAACAAUCAGCCUCGUUCAAGUUCCAGUACUACAGCCAGUAGCAGCCCCAGUACUGUCAUCCACGGAGUGAAUCAUGAGUCUGCAGAUUCAGCAGAGAUGGAGGAGAAGCUAGUUGCUGGAUUUUCAAACCAUCUCCCUUCUUUGCCACUACAACCAAGCUUUCCCAAGAUGAGCUUUGAUCGUCGUGAGAGUGACAGCCCAGCUGUCAGCAUGAGCUCCUCAGAAGGGGUGGUGAGGAAACGAGAGUAUGAUAAUCCAUACUUCGAACCACAGUAUGGUUUUCCUACAGAGGAUGAAGAUGAUGAGCAGGAAGAGAGCUACACCCCAAGAUUUAACCAGAAUCUCAAUGGAAGCAGGUCUCAGAAGUUACUUCGUCCGAACAGUUUAAAACUGGCCAAUGAUUCUGAUGCAGAUUCAGACUCCAGGGCCAGCUCUCCAAACUCUACUGUUUCCAACAACAGCAGUGAAGGUUUUGGGGGCAUCAUGUCUUUUGCAAGCAGCCUGUACAGAAACCACAGCACAAGUUUUAGUCUGUCCAAUUUAGCCCUGCCAACCAAAGUUGGGAGAGACAAGAAUACCCCCUUUCCCAGCCUGAAAGAUUACUUUAAUCUGGAAGUGGGAAGGGAUGUGAAUGAAGUAUUUGGGUUAAAUACUAUAAUGGAGAUUAUUACUGAAGCUGGCCCAGUAAGCAAUGAAGGAAACAGGCGAGCCCUGGUGGAUCAAAAGUCUUCAGUCAUUAAGCAUAGCCCAACAGUGAAGAGAGAAUCUCCAUCCCCUCAGGGGCGAAGUAGUAAUUCCAGGUAA